AACAAAAAUGCUCACUACUAAAAAUAGAAAGAACAGAUGUCAUGUUUAUUGAAAAAAUCUUAAAUUAUUUUUUAUCAGAACACAUCAUAUGCAUUGACUAUAUUAGAGACAAAAUUUGAAGAGGUAUUACUCUUUACAGCAAGGAGGAUGAUGGGAUAUUGGGAUAAUGACAGAUUUUGCCUAAAGCAAAGGUAACGUUCCAAACAAAAUCCUAGAAAGCAAAGUGCAUCCCACCUCCAAAGAAAGGAAAAUAUCCUGGUUUGGAAGACAAUAAAGGGGAAGAUCAAUCCAAACAAGUAACCUAAUUACAUAGAAUUCAAGUCCUAAUCAUAUCCUCCUAAGCCAUACAAGGUUAUUCUCCUAUUUUAGUCAAUUUGCAAUCCCAAAACGUUAUCCUCUGUACCAAAACAGUACAAUCCCUUCGGGUUUAUAGACACUGUCAGGUCACUAGGCAACAGAACUAAAUGUCAUGGCAUCGGGGUCAAUUGAGAUGAACAAAAACGGUUUAUCUUCAACUAGCAGCAUAGUGGUUGGAGAGGAAUUACGUAAUGAGGUGGUAGAUGAUAAGAAUAAAACAUGUCGACACCCUCGGUGGACCAGACCAGAAACAUUGGUGCUCAUAGAAGGGAAGAAGAUUGCAGAAGAUAGAAGAAGGGGGUGUGGGGCUAGUUCAGUUCUUGAUUGUGCACAAAUUAAACCAAAGUGGGACUUGGUCUCAUCCUAUUGCAAGCAAAAUGGUGUCAACAGAGGACCAGUUCAAUGCAGAAAACGAUGGAGCAAUCUUAUUAGUGAUUUCAAGAAAAUAAGAACAUGGGAGUUGCAAGUGAAAGAAGAGAGGGAUUCAUACUGGAUGAUGAUGAAUGAUUUAAGGAAGGUGGGGAAGUUGCCGGGUUUUUUCGAUAGGGAAAUAUAUGAUGUUUUGGAAGGGAAGGCAUUUAUUGCAGCAGAACAUCAACUUGCAGUGGUGACCUUAGGCACAGAUGCAAAUACUGGUAAUCAUAUGGAAACUGGAGAGGGAGGGGAUGAGGUGCAGGAUAAUGGGAAGGCUCAACAAGUUCUUGGAAGUGGACAUCAUAAAACAGCAGAUAGUGUUAAUCUUUCAGAUUUUGAACCAACACCACAGUGGAAUGGGGAUGAUUCUACUGAAGAAGGGAUCACACCAGAUAAACCAACAAUCACCAUCCCUUCACCAGUGUCAAUCUCAGCAGAGAAGAAUUGUCAGCCACUUCGCCAGGCAUGCCCAUAUCCAGGAACAGCAAAAGGAGAACAGUCAGGUUCACAUUUCUGGAAAGGACCCCCACUUCAAAAGGGAGUGAAGCGAAGACGAUUGUUUUCUGAUUGUUGUGAGAAUAGUAAUCUGGAGGACUGUUUGGCUAAAGUGAUGGAGAGAAACAGUAAUAUGCUAAAUGCAGAACUUGAAGCUCGGAACAUGAAUGUGCAAUUGGACAGAGAGCAGUGUAAAGAACAGAGCGAAAGCUUAGUUGCUGCUCUUAACAAGAUUGGUGAUGCACUAGUGAGAAUUGCUGAUAAACUUUAAAUACAAAAAGCAGCAAUCAAAGCCUUAGCCAUCCACAACAGUUUUUUGCUUACCCAAAACCAAGAACUUUUAAGAAGCUUUCUUAAGGUUUUUAGAAUUUAGUCAUACUUUCUGUUUCAACCGUGAUUAGGAAGAAUUUUUGCAGCUUAGUUCUGUUUUCUUGUCCAAAUUUUC